UUGUUUGUUUUCUUAUCCGUCAGGAAGGUGAAAAAUGCGCUUUUCGACACUCGUCGCCGCGACAGCCGUGUUGCUCGUCGGCAAGGUGUCGAGCAUUGCCAACGAUCCAGCUGCAGAAACCGACGCGGAAGAAGCCAUGGCGUUCUCCGACUACGACUUCCCACCGUCAGCAGCGUCAGAGGUGCCUUUUCAGGUCUCUGGUGACAACGAAGCAGCAGCAGCAGCGGAAGAAGAAGACCUCGGAUUCCUCGACACAUCCACUUCCUUGAUGGAUGAAGAAGAAAUCGGUCCGACGGGUGCCACGACGACGACGACGACGACGGUGGGGGCGGCGGUGACAGUGGCGUCCGUGUCGGUGCGCAAGUGUUGCCCCGAUGGCCACGUGGGGCUGGAGUCGAGGUCGGAAGUGGUGCGAUGCGUGGCACGCGAAAGUGCGGCGACCAAUAACAACAAUAAUAAUAAUAAUGACAACGGCAACACGUGGGGCGGCAAGUUUUCGACGUUCACGGAAGAAGGAAUGGCGGAAGUGGUGGCGGACCGGGUGGACGCCGCCGGGCACGGAGUGCCGGCUUGUCGGGCCGUCAGCUAUCUGUUUCCGGUGUAUUUCCCGAGCCAGGAAUUCUCCGUGUCCGUGGACGACGGGAACAUGCGUCGAGUGACGGGCCAUGUGCAACCCAACGGCACGUAUUGCGUGGACAGAUUCGUCCUCGGGGAAAACCUGACGUCCACAUUCCACGGCGCCGUUGUUUGCGCCGAGGACACUUGGUUGCCGCCGCCAAUGACGAUGACGACGACGACGACGAGUGCCAAAUCUCACGAUGAUGCGCAUAAGGACGAUCACGACGUCGUGUACAAGUGUUGCCUCGGGAACCAGAUUCUGGAUUUGGCCGAGAAAACUUGCGUGGAUCCUGGAACCGAGGUCCCGCCUUUG